AACUUCAUAGUCUUAAUUAGUAGUGCUAUUCUGAACCUAGAACGUGUGCGCAGGCAGAUUAGAAUAAGCACGAUUUCGUGGUGGCACGAUCCGGUUGCGUGCGAGCGUGGCGCGCACGACCGAGGCGGUCGCAGGCUCCCUCUCCCGGCCCUUCCCGCUCGCGGCACUUCUGCAUUUGAAGCCCCCGCAUGGCAUGUAGGCAGCGCGCCGCCUCGCGCCCAUGCGUUGACUUGCGCGCGCGUCCAUGCAUGGAGGAGACGGAGAUGGCGCUGCCAAACGACGCCCUCGCCGCCAUCCUCGGCCGGCUCCCGCCAUGCACCCUCGCGGCGUGCCGCUGCGUCUGCAAGGCGUGGCGCGCCGUCGUGGACGCCCGCGGGCUGCUGCUCCCGCACGUCCUCCCCCACGCGGUGCGGGGCAUCUUCCUCAACUUCAUCGGCCACCCGCGCCCGAGCGCAUUCUUCGCCCGUCCCUCGCCAGGGCGCGCCGGGACGAUCAGCGGUAACCUCGGCUUCUUGCCCGGCUUCGGCCGCAAUUUCAACUCCAUCCUGGAUCAUUGCAAUGGCCUCUUGCUUUACGGAGGCGCCAGCGAGCUCUACGUGGUCAACCCCGCGACGCGCCGGUGGGAGCGCCUGCCCCCGCGCACGGAUGCAUCGAACUACUUGGCUUACCUUGUGUAUGACCCCGCCGUGUCGCCGCACUAUGAGGUGUUCUUGAUCCCUCGCGUGCCGGAGAAACCAAGACUCGUAUAUCCGAGAGAUACUCCACCAACGCCAUGUCGCCUGAGCCAGGUCUUCUCAUCGCUAGGUGACAUAAGGGGCGCCGAAGAUAGAGAGGAGGUGGAGGAGGAGCGUAGUGAGGAACUGGCGGGAUCGUCAUCGGCUCAAGCUGCUGAAGAAGUCCUUUGUCCAACGAGGCUGACGCCAUCGUUGAGCAGGUGGGAGGGCGAGCUCGAGGACUCCUAUCGCUUGAUGGAAUGGCCACCAUCACCGUGCACACUUCACGUGUUCUCGUCAACUACAAGGCGGUGGGAGCAGAAGUCAUUUGUCCGAGAAGGGAAGGCAGUGGGAACUGUCGAGGAUGUGCGAUUGGAUUCAUAUCACCAGAUGUAUUUGGGACCUCGCCGGCGCUACUCCGUACACUGGCGGGGAGCACUUUACGUACAUUGUCGCGGUGCUUUUGUGAUGAGGCUAUCCUUGACAAACGCCAAGUAUCAAGUGAUUGAAACACCAAUAUCAAUAGGCGUUCAAGAGAGCAAAUAUGGACGGUAUUAUCUUGGGACAUCAGAAAAAGGGGUGUACUUUGCAACAAUUCAUGAUCAUUACCAACUUCGAGUUUGGAUCCUCAAUGAAUUACGUGGCGAGAUAAAAUGGAUCUUGAUGCAUGAUAUUGACCUCGAGACAUCUGCUUUGUGGGCAGCAUUACACUUGAACAAUCGUCAACGAAAUGAUGGGCCUUGGAUUUUAGAUGAAUACAACAAUGAUAAUGACGAUCUCAACGACGUGGUACCAAAACCGUAUUUUCAAUGGGAUUCCGAUGAUGAUAAUGUUCUCGACUAUGAAGAUAGGGAUAAGUACGAGCAUGCAUACAUUUACUUACUUGGGUUUCACCCGUACAAAGAGGUUAUCUUUUUUAUGGCAUCAUUUACAGGAAUAGCAUAUCACUUGAAUAGCUCAAAGCUUCAAUACUUAGGCAAAUUAUACCCAAAAGAUUAUGAUCAUUCGUACAUAAAAGGUGUGCAUGAGUCAUUUCCAUAUACCCCCUGCAUGAUUAUUGGAGAGCUUCCUGGAAGCAGACAGGAAACUCGUCCAGAAGAUCGGCGACAUGAUGCUUAAACAAACAUGUAUAUGCGACUAAAUUUGUGCUAUUAUCCAUUUGAUGAUCAUCUUCUGAGUUCGUUGUUACGUGAACAGUGAGUACGUUCGUAUUAUUAUUCAUUCGAAGUCGGUAUUUGUUUCUUCAUGUAUGGUUAUAAGCGCAAGAAAGUGC